AUGACGGGGGCUAUCCGUCUGCGUGUUCGAGGACCUCAAGGAGUGGCAACAAUUAGCAUCGACAGCGCAGCAACAUGGAGCCAACUCUUCCAUGAAAUCAGCGAAAAGACUGGCGUUGCAGACUUCGACAUCAAGUACGGCUACCCGCCGCAGCCGUUCAAUACCGAGUCCAUCAAUGGCCAGACAAAGCUCUCAUAUAUACCCCACAAGCUGAACGGAGAGCAGUUCACGAUCGCUCCGCGAGAUGUUCAGAAGAAACUUGCCAGUCCCAUGGAGGGAACCCAGCGAGCACCAGAGACUGUGAAGGCGUUGCCACCCCGGGACCUGACCUCCCCACCUCAGCACAAGCAAGGUGACUUUCCAGACCAGCCACUGGGACUCACGAGGAAGAAGCGGCCAGACAUCGAGAGCGAUCCGCCAGAAGUGCCAGUCCCGCUGCUGGACGGGGUGAUGGUGUUACGUGUCAUGCCAGAUGACAACUCGUGCAUGUUUCGAGCACUCUCCUCUGCUGUCCUGGGCUCAGCAUUAGAUGGCAUGACCGAGCUUCGAUCAGUCGUCGCCCAAACCAUCCAAGCGCAGCCCGACCUCUACACCGAAGGCAUGCUUGAGAAGAAGCCUGUCGACUACUGCAAGUGGAUUCAGCGCGAGGACAGUUGGGGGGGCGGCAUCGAGCUCUCGAUUCUAAGCCAGCAUUUCGACAUCGAGAUCUGCAGCAUCAACGUCCAGGACUUGAGAAUCGACACAUUCAAUGAGGGACGGCCGACGAGGUGUAUCCUUGUCUAUUCAGGAAUUCACUACGACGUCUGCGCGGUGACACCCUUCUCCGGCGCUGAACCAGAGUUUGAUCGCAAGGUCUUCGACGUCGUUCGAACGGAUGGCGAGGAAAUCGAUGGAGGUGCUUUAGAGGCUGCUCGAGAACUGUGCAAGGGCUUGCAGAGCAAGCACUACUUCACCGACACGCAUGGCUUCUCGUUGAAGUGCAACCAAUGCGGGCAGAAUGGCAACGGCCAGCAAUGGGCAGUCGAGCACGCUCGGAAAACAGGACACGGAGAUUUUGGCGAGGGCGAUUGA